AUAAAAUCUGCUCAACAUCCGUGUACAGUUUAGACGAGUGAUUCGUGCAGUUGCAUUAAAGACUCAGCACGAACGACUCUUCACCAUUUACAGCCAAUUUUUUUUAUAAUUUAAUUUUACAACUUUCUCGCAACACAUUCUAAAAAAAUGCGUGAGUGUAUCAGUGUACACAUCGGCCAAGCUGGUGUACAGAUCGGUAAUGCCUGUUGGGAACUGUACUGUGUCGAACAUGGCAUUCAACCAGACGGACAAAUGCCAAGUGACAAGGCUAUGGGAGUUGCAGACGACUCUUUUAAUACAUUUUUCAGCGAAACUGGAGCGGGAAAACACGUGCCACGUGCAGUUUUCGUCGACUUAGAACCAACUGUAGUGGAUGAAGUCCGUAAUGGUAGCUAUCGACAACUUUACCAUCCUGAGCAGCUCAUCACAGGUAAAGAAGAUGCUGCUAAUAACUAUGCCAGAGGACAUUAUACCAUUGGGAAAGAGAUAGUCGAUCUUGUUUUGGAUCGUGUACGCAAACUUGCCGAUCAAUGCACUGGUUUACAAGGUUUCCUCAUCUUUCACAGUUUCGGAGGAGGAACCGGUUCCGGUUUCACCUCUCUUUUAAUGGAGAGACUUUCUGUCGAUUAUGGCAAGAAAUCAAAACUCGAAUUUUCUAUUUAUCCUGCACCACAGGUUUCCACAGCUGUAGUAGAGCCUUACAACUCCAUCCUCACCACUCAUACCACUCUAGAACAUUCCGACUGUGCUUUUAUGGUCGAUAAUGAAGCCAUUUAUGAUAUCUGCAGACGUAAUUUAGAUAUCGAACGUCCUAGUUACGCCAAUUUGAAUCGUUUGAUCAGCCAGAUCGUUUCCUCAAUCACAGCAUCUCUUCGCUUCGAUGGUGCACUCAAUGUCGAUUUGACUGAAUUCCAAACUAACUUGGUGCCUUAUCCCAGAAUUCAUUUCCCUCUGGUGACGUAUGCACCUGUCAUAUCCGCCGAGAAGGCCUAUCACGAACAAUUAACAGUGGCAGAAAUUACCAAUGCCUGCUUCGAACCAGCCAAUCAGAUGGUGAAAUGCGACCCACGUCACGGAAAAUACAUGGCUUGCUGCAUGUUGUACCGAGGCGAUGUCGUGCCUAAAGACGUCAACGCAGCCAUAGCCGCCAUCAAGACCAAGAGAACUAUCCAGUUUGUAGACUGGUGUCCAACCGGUUUUAAGGUAUUUUUACCUUACUUUAUGACUAUNCCCCCACCAGUGGGCGAGUGGCAGACUUUAAAAAAGGAGAACGUCCCGACUCUAGAUGUCACCGAACAGAUGACAGUGUUCAAUAGUCUAAAGAGUAUUCGGUCGAAACUGGACUUUUGGCCACUCUACCCACAAUACAACUCUGUAGCACAAUUGGAUUGCCAGAUUGCCAGAGCGUUCGUCGGAUAUUUGUGCCAUUCAGUUGAACUUCCAACUAAACGGGGAUGUGACAAUCAAUGCGUUUCGUAUAUCUAA